UCAGGAGAUCGAAAUUUAGGGGCAGACCGGAGCUUCAAAACCCGACUCAAUUUAUCGUGCUACAAAUGUGAUAUUCGAUUUUCAAUACCAUCCAUAAGUAUAGCUGUGAUUUUAGUGUUAAAUUCGUAAUCCGUAAGGAUAAUCCCGUUUUCCUGGUAAAUUCCGCCGCGAAAAUUCCAGCCGAUGCGUCUCGGAUCUCUGCCAGUUGCACGCGGCACAUCCCUAAAAAAGUGAUUUUAUUUCGAGUGAAGUGUUUCGCGGGCGGGGUGGUUUAUGUUUUUUAGGCGUGAUUUUUCGUGCGGAUCAUUUGGGCGAGUCGGAGCAACGGCGGGGAUUUUUCGGCACGAUGCAGUUUAGUGUAAAAUGGCGGAUCCCAACAAAAAUAGGGCGCUGUAUUCCACCGGCGUUGCCUGUCUAGGUCUUGUAUGCUUCAUCCUCGGCACCACCGCAGUUGCUCUCCCGCUAUGGGGUUACUUCGACAAUCCACACGCUGGUCUCUCGACGGAGAGAGGAUAUUUCGGACCAUGGACUGUUUGCAAACAACAGCUCUACGGCCGAGCCAGGUGUGGAGAAGGGAUCUCCAGGUUCCAUCCAGUUGUUGCUGUCAAAGUGGCCGGCCUGUUCGCCGUGGGCGGAGUUGUCAUCCUCGCCAUAUUUUGCAUCCUCAGUAUCCUUCAAAUUGCAAUGGUCGUCUCCAAAGAACAAGUUGUCAUGCCUUACAGCUCAGCCGUCACCACAAAAUUAGCCUUAGCUCUUGUAGCAGCACUUUUGGCCAUCAUCGCAGCUGGCCUAUUCGCCUUGCAAACGGACGAUCAUGAGAAUGACUUCGAGGUUACAAGGGGCGAGUCAUUCUACAUGCAAAUCGUCCUUCUCAUCCUCAACUUUUUGUUAUUUAUUGUUGCCUUAUACGAUGUUAUGUUCGCCAGACGAAUGGGUGGCGACCCAACGAUGUGUAACCGAGACCCAACAGGGGCUGCCGCCACCACUUUCAAUAAUCCGGGAUUCCGGGAAAAGUCAUCCAUGCACCCAGGAGGAGGGAUCUCGAUGACACACGCGAGCGGGAAGCCGUACCUGUCGUCGACGAACGGGUCGGUGGCCUCCAUGUCGACGACGCUCUCCUCCAACGGCUCCACCACCGGCUCCGUCUCCCGGAUCGGACCCCUCCGCUCCAGCCUCAAGAAGCCCCGGACCCAAACCGACGGCCUCGGCAUCCAGAACCCCGGCUUCAGCGGCACCUCGCCCACCCUCUCCAGGAACGGCAGCGUCAAGAAAGUCAGGAUCCAGACCCACAGCACCGCCGUCUAAUCCCCCGAAACAGGAUCACAAACGACACCCUCCAUUAGCGUUCAGCUCACUUAAAAACUAGAGGCUUCAAAGAGGUUCAUCGAUGCCUUUCCUGGCCCUCUCAUUGGCCAGCGGUCUAAGUCGAAGCAAUCGAUGAGUCUCUUUGAAGCCUCUAGUUUGUAAGCGGACUGGACGCUAUUCGUAUCUUGGCAAUGGUUGAAGCUUUUACUCUUGCCACUCCAACAUUCAACUCUUGCCUAAAGCCCAAUUCACACUAUCAAACUUUUCAUUCAACUCUUGGAUGCAACUUGUCGAAUGAAAAGUUGGAUAUUGUGACACUGACGAGAGAAAACGACGAUUUGAUGAAAAAUUGAACGGAAACUUGAAUGUGCCGUCACAUUCAACUUUUCAACUUCAACUUUCCAUCCAAUUGGCGAAAGUUGGAACGAAAUCUUCCGACUGACAUAGGCCGGAGCUGUAUCUUCGCGAACCGCAGGCUGAUGACGAUAUCACACUGUAACGGUGAUUUUAUUAAAUUUUUUUGAGUCCAACUUUCCAUCUAACUUUUCGUUCAAUUAUGUCGGAUGAAAAGUUUGAUAGUGUGAAUUGGGCUUUACUGGAUGGAUCUUGAACAACGUCUUGAGUAUUUCCUUCGGCAAACAUAUCCAAGUUUUGUAAACUUGUUUGGCUCAUUACGUCAUCCGAGGCUCUUCAUCCUUCUAGUAGGUAAGAUGACUCUUGUUCCCAUACAAGUGUCCACAAGUAAGUGUUGAGUCCCCGAAAGUAAAAGUUUCCACCUGACGCCAAGACACUAGUGGAGGGUCUCUUGUCCCAGCGCAGGGCGGUCUGGCCCAUGUGGCUCGCAGAAAAGAAUGCCUUGCUACAGUGAUCAGGAUCCUUGUCAGAAUUGGACUUUGUUUUGCGAUUGAGAUCUACAAUUUCUGGCGCCUCCGUAAAAACACUCGUGUGCGUAGGGGAACUAAUGCUAACAUACGUUGUUUCUGAACUGAACCCGAAAUUGUAGUUCCGAAUUGCAAAAUACAGUCCAAUUGAUCUACAAGAUCAAGGGUGGUAACCCUGCUAGUAAGUGCGGUCGUGUCCCAAUACUUCAUCUUAUGGUUUUUAUUUUGAAUGGUUUCUCGGAGCAAGCUGCUGUCAAUGAAAAAAUCCAUCUCUGUAAAGUAAGCAGACGAUAAUAUCGAUUAUCUAUCCAUUGAUUUCAGCCAAAUCCGAAGUGAGCUCGGGUCCAUUUAUCUUUCAGUAUUUUAGGCAGUGUACGAUGUUUUUCAAUUUGUUGACGAGUAGUUCGAAGCCAUUUUCCUGACUUUUAUUAUUGUUAUCAAUACUACGUACGUAGCAGAGCACCUUACGAGGAUAUGAAUGUUUUUCAAACACUAUUGCUUUUAUGCCCGUCCAUUAUUUUAAUUUCUAUUAUUGUUUUUAUAAUAAUUUUUAUCAUUAUCAUCAUCGUUUUUUCGCAUGUAAAUUUUAAUUUUUGUUGGUUUAAAUAUUGCGUUUUCUGCCUUACAGUGUAUUGAAAGUAAAGUACCUACUCAACACUAAUUAGAGUCGCGUCAUGCAAUUCCAGUGUAAUAUUUUUUACAGUAUUAAUAUAGAUUUUUAGAUUUGUUUUGUUUCAGAUUUGCGCAUCAGUGUGAUAUAGCGUAGAUAUUGUAUUAUACUUACUCACAUCUCAUGAACCAAAUUGACGCCAUGAGCGAGUUCUCUGAUUUUCUAAACUUUUGUCUUACUUUCUUUUAAUCAUCUUGUCUAUUAUUACUGAAGUAAAUCUUAAAAAAUUUAUGAGACCAUUCAUCAUCUCACUGGUGAUCCAAUCACUACAUUGCAACUGAUGCGAAGCACAGCAACAUCAGUAUAAUCAGUACCAUACUCGUUUGAGAAAUAAAAAAAAAAGGAUAAGGUCCUUCAGGAAUUCAAAAUUUUUACCAAAAAUGAAAAACUAAAAAAUGCCUAGCUGCCAUACAUUUAUUUAUUAAUUUCAUUCUACCAUUUUUUCUUUUUUGGGUCUCGUCUAUGUACUCCACGUAAUUUACCGCAGAAUAAAAGAACGGUUUCUGGGGCUAACAUUAUGGGUAAAUUUCAAUGUAUUAGAGCUAGAAGCCUGUAUGUUAAUAUCUGAAAUUAAUUUUUGGCAUUUUUAACGUUGGUUCUAUUAAUUUUUAUUCAAUGCGAGGAGCAUUUAAAUCCAGCUGAAAGGAACGGAGUAAUCCAAAUAUUUAGUUAUUAAUGACUGAGCUUAAGCGUACCUUACUUUUUGCUACCGAAAAUCAAAACUUACGGAAAAUCUAUAGAAUUCUAAACAAGGGCCCAGAGUUUAUUUUUUUAUACUGGGAAAAGACGAGAAACAUUUGAAAGUAUUUUCCUAUGUUUUGAAUUUAUUUGAUUUCAUUGCUUUCUCCUGAAAUGAGUCCAAUUGUAUUUGUCUCUUAUUAUAUCCGUACCUUAUUUCAACAGUUAUUUUUAGCAAUAAGCCGCAAUACAUCUAGAAAGGAAAUGUUAAAAUGUGAACCCAACUUCCUAUUUGUUAGAGCUUAUUGUAAUUUUACUUUUUUCCCGACUAUAAUCCUCACUAUAAUAAAUUUUUUAUCUCCGUACUGUUCUCUACACAAAAUACAAUCAGCAAUUGAUUUCUCAGCUUUUAAUUUUUGCGUUUGCCCUCCCAUGCAGCGUAACCGCUGCAUAUACGUUUUCAAUUAAUUUUACGCAAACAUAUUCACUGAUUCAUAAUGGUCUCGUUUGUGAAGCGAGAGUCAUUGACGGAAAGAAUACAUUUUGGUCUCUAAAAUAAAAAAAAUGAUAAGUGGCACUGUAUGUAUACUUGUCAUAAUCUAAUUGAGUGCUUGGUUUUAUUUCCAAAAAAAAAAAAAAUGAAGAAGGUUUACAAUAUACUGCAAUACUAUUUCUGGAAUUUAAGCGUUCUCGGUUUGAUGGAUUACAUACGUGUUUGAUAUGUACCGACAGCGCCGUUUUAAAACCAAUGCAUCUAGAUAUGAGUCUUUACGUUAUUAUAUUGAAGGCGACGCGUUUGGGAAAAGACUAAGUUUCUGAAGUUGUGUUGAGCAUCAUAUGGUGCACGUCAAAUUUUCUGUUCUUGAAAAUUUGGAAAGUCCAUUUUUUACACAUACUUCUCUCUCCUUUAUUAAAGCAGUAAUCAGAUUGUAGUCUACAUUCACACUUAAAAGUAAGUUACUGAAAAUAACUAAGAUAUUUUGAAAGUGUUGUCGCCUUUGAUUCAGUUAUGUUUGCGCCGCCUUGUUUAUAAUCGGUGUGCCUUGAUAAUGUAAUAAUGAUAUUUUGGAGUGCUGUAAUAAGAAUGUAUCGUGAUAUGAAUCAUAGGGACUCAAUCUUAUUAAUCGGCUGAAAUAUGUCUUUUCCGAGCAAGAUGGAACUGUUUUUGCAAGAGUAUUUCUUUAACCUUAUUACUCGAAGAGAGCCGAGUAAGUAGGUACACUUCUGUUAUAUUUUGUAAAGGAAUUUGUACUGCGUAGUUUUAUUCUAUUGUUUUCGUAUUUAAUGCGUUGUUUUGAAUUGUAAUUAUAUAUCUGAUGUAAACGCAUUGUUGGUUAGUUUUACUCUGUUCUUUUCAAGUGUCGUGCAAUACUAUCCUCAAGAAUCUACUCAGCCCAGCUGAAUAAAACAUUCUUGCAGAACGGGAAAAUCUGCGAAACUCUGAAACGCGCAAAAUUAAUGUCCUGAGUUCACUGGUGAUAAGUAUCCAUUAAAUUUUCACCAUUUUUCAUGGUCUUAAGCCAAUACAAUAUCUAUGCGAAUUGCAAUAAACUGAAGUUUUUAUUUAAUUCAUACAAAUAUAUUUGAAAAGAUAAUCUGCAGGAAAUGUAUAUGUAACUUCACAAAGUGGGUAUGUUGAUCCCUUAAGUCGAAAAACAAGUACCGAAAUGCAUAUUUUGUCAGAAUUCUAAAUUUUACCGCAAUAAGCGUUGGAGUACACCCCUAAAAUUUUCAAGAGGAAUCGCUGAAUGAAGUACCUAUCUUUUGUUUGCCUGUUCUUUGAUUAUAAUUUGAAAUUAAGGCAAAAACGUUUAAAUGUCAAAAUACCUAAAGUAUCAGCUUCCAAAGCAUGACAUCAGUAUUCUCUAAAAUACAAAUUUGAAACUAGGUGAUCCCCUC